CCGACCUUCUCUCAAUUCUGUUCUUCCUGCGUCUGGCUCCCCCCUCUCUGUGUUGAGCAACGUCUCAUACCAUAGCACAAAUGGCACUGCUCGUUGGGAUAACCCUUCAAACCUGGUCAACGGUCAUCCUCCCCAUCGGCCUGGCCGUAUAUUGGUUUUUAUGGAUCAUCUAUGCUCGUACCUUGCACCCUCUCGCCACAGUGCCAGGGCCAUUCUGGGCCUCCAUCAGUCGUACAUGGAUGAUGUAUCGCAUGUACCGUGGGGAUCAGGAAAUCGUGCAACGCAAGCUUCACGAGCAAUAUGGUCCUUUGUUGCGUGUUGCGCCUCAUGAGGUCCAGUCUAAUGAUCCCGCGGAAAUCGCCAAAAUAUACUCAACCCAGCGUCCCUUGGAGAAGACGGACUUCUACUCCGUAUUUCGUGCCGUUGCCAUUCCCAGCCGACCGGACAUGUUCACCAGCAUCAACGAAAAGGAACAUGCGGUCUACCGUAAACUAGUCAGUGGCGUUUACUCCAUGUCCAACAUUCUCAAGAAUGAGGAUUCCGUGGACGGUUGCGUGACCCUGUUUGUAGAGCGACUACGAGGGUUCGCAGACCGGAAUGAGGCCUUCGAUUUUGGGUUGUGGUUGGAAAUGUACACGUACGAUGUAAUUGGUGCCGUCUUCUUUGGAAAACAGUUCGGCUUCUUGCAAGAUAGUCAUGACCAUGGAAACUACAUCGCCGCGGUCCACAAGGCUAUGCCGUUUCUUUCGUUUAUCGCACAGGCUCCUUCCUAUGCUCGGGGCGUACUUAUGGCCACCGCGAUCUUUGUACCACCGUUACUCAAGGCGAUCAUCGCGGUCGAUAACAUCAGGAAAACGGCCCUUCGCGAAACGGCCGAUGCGAUGAGACGAAGCCAGGAAGAUACGUUCAAGCGGCAUGACAUGAUAUCGUUACUAACAGCCAUUGUGCACCAAAAGGGGGAAACCGAAGGCUUCACUCGCAAUGAGGUGACGAACGAAAUGUGGACUGCCGUCAUGGCCGGCGCUGACAGCACUGCUAUCGCCCUACGGGCCAUUUUCUACUACCUGAUGAAACAUCCCGCGGUCAUGAAGAAGGUCCACGACGAAAUCGAUUAUUACACGGCUCUCGGAGUCCUGGGCUAUCCCGUCAAAUACAAUGACGCUGUUAAACUGCCAUACUUGACUGCCGUAGUGAAGGAGGCAAUGCGGAUAUUUCCAAGUUUUCAGGCGUCGAUGCAGAGAUAUGCCCCACCUGAAGGCGUCAAGGUUGCAGGCGUACUCAUCCCAGCGGGUUAUAGAAUUGGCAUGAAUCCAGGAUGUGUACAGUACUCUAGGGAGAUCUUCGGACACGAUGCAUAUGUCUUCAGACCUGAAAGAUGGUUGGAGAGCGAAGAGCGAAGUAGGUUCAUGGACAGAGCUUUAAUCAAUUUUGGCGCAGGAACCAGGACCUGUACUGGCAAACAUCUUGCGAUGGUCGAAACGUAUAAAAUCACCGUUGAGAUCCUUCGCAAUUUUGACGUCGAGAUGGCACACGAUGAACCUUGGACUACGCAGAACGCGACUUUCGUCAUGCAGGACAACGUUAUUUGCAGAUUUAAGAGGAGGCAAAUCCGUUGAUUUAACGAGCAGUUGAGAAAUAGAGGGGAUUAUCAUACGCCAUGAGGAACGCCUAAAUGCAACGCAAUGAUGAUUUUAGCAGUACAAGAGGAGCACCGCGUUAUCCAAAUAAUACCAUUCGAUGUGUAGAUGUAAGC